GUAACUGCUAAUCACGUGAUGGCAACCAAAAUAACUACUGGAAGAUUUAAGCUAUUAUUCGAAAACUGCUAAUUUCCCUCGAAUGAAUCAUGAAAGAUAUAUGAUCUAUAAUGCAUAAAAUUUAAUCGGUCAUAUCCAAGGCCAGUGACACUUGGCAACGAACAGAUAUUUGACAAUUAUUAAAAAAUCGUUCAAUCAUCUCUUAUCAGUGAAGAUCAGAAUCUGAGAGAGAAAAUGCUAUGACUGAAUUUCGCUGUGGUGGAUUGACAUUUUUGGCAAAUUUUGAUUCGGCUAAUCUAGCCAGAGUUGAAAAAGUGCUCCGCGAUGAAGAAAGCGAAGCUACGAAUAGUAUAGAGGUCAAAGCCGACUAUGAGUAUCAAGUAUGGACAAAACCUGACUGUGGGGGGACAGAAUAUGAAAAUGGAAACAGAUCUUGGUUUCAUUUUGGAGUUAGGGGAGGAACUAUGCUUAAAGUUAUUAAAAUAACUAUAAUGAAUUUGAAUAAACAAGGGAAAUUGUUCGCUCAAGGACAUGCUCCUCUAGUCAAAUCUGGUAAAAAAUGGGAAAGAAUCAGGGAUCGUCCAACUUGGCAGAGUGUUGAUAAUGACUUUAGAUUAACUUUUACCCAUCGCUUUCUUAAUACUGCACCAACAGUUUACUUUGCUUUUUGCUAUCCUUUCUCUUAUUUGGAGUGUCAAGAAAUGCUGGAAUCGUUGGACGAUCGCUUUCGUGAAGAUAACGAAAUUUACUAUCACCGUGAAUUAUUGUGCAGAUCAAUUGAUGGUCUACGAGUUGACCUCUUAACUAUAUCUGAUUAUGAAGGCAUACAUUCAGAGUUAGAACCAGUCUUUGACGAACAUCUUUUUCCUGAUGGAGCGAAGAAGAGGCCGAGGAAAUUUGAAAAGAAAAGGGUGUUUUUUGUGAGCUCCAGAGUUCAUCCUGGUGAAACACCAUCCAGCUUUGUGUUCAACGGCUUCUUAGAUCUCAUACUUCGACAAAACGACGAAAGAGCCAAACAAUUGCGCAGGAAAUACGUUUUCAAGUUAAUACCUAUACUUAAUCCUGAUGGAGUCAAAAUGGGGCAUUAUAGAACGGAUUCAAGGGGAGCAAAUUUAAAUAGAUAUUACCUUCAACCUGAUUUUAGUCUCCAACCAACUAUUUAUGCUGCUAAAGCCGUUAUCCGUUUUCAUCAUGAUGCCAAUUCACCCGACAAUCAGCUUUCCACGUGUGAAAAUAAAGAUUUUUCUACUGCUCUCCAGGAUUUGAGCUCUUCUUCCGGCUCACAAAAAUCUGAUCAAGAAAAUGUAGCAUUAGACCGAUCUAAGUUAUUAUUUAGCAAAACUAAUUCUAUCGCUUCUAUAGAGAGGCAAACCACUCUUCCUGUUCUUAAUGAUACUCAUUCAAAUUUAACGAUAGACAAACAUAGUACUUCGGGAGUUUUAGAACAUAUUAAUUCGCAUAAUAAAGAUAAUAAUCAAGGAGGGUCAUUAUUCAUUAAUACUGGAAAAAUUAAUAACGAUAUGGAGAAGAAAAUCUCAGGAAUUGCCUUUUAUAUUGACUUACAUGGACACGCUUCUAAAAGAGGGUGUUUUCUAUAUGGAAAUAACUUGCCGGAUGAAGAAGAACAAGUAAAAAACAUUCUUUAUGCCAAGCUAAUGGCAGUCAACAGUGCUCACUUCGAUUUUAGUGCCUGUAACUUUACUGAGAAAAAUAUGUAUACCAGAGAUAAGAGAGACGGGCUGUCAAAAGAAGGUUCAGGUAGAGUUUCUAUCUGGAAGACUUUCGGAAUUACUCACAGCUAUACACUAGAGUGCAACUACAAUUCUGGUAAAGGUUUAAAUGCUGUUCCUCCUGCAAAGGGUGACGAUGGCCGUGCUACUCCACCUCCUCCAGCAUCUUUUCCUCCGAAAUAUACUCCAACUCACUAUGAAGAAGUUGGCCGAGCUCUUGCUGUGUCAGCGCUUGACAUUGAAAAUAGUAAUCCAUGGCCUAGGAUUGGGUACGCUGAUAUUCAUGCUUUACGAGAAAUUCUUAGAAGAUCGAUUAGGGCUUCAAGAGGAUUACCUCUUCCGGCAAGAAAAUUUGGAGGACCCUUGAAAAGAAACAGCAUUAAUUUGGGACCAGUUCGGACUGUUAACAGAAAUACCUCUAAUUCCCAUAGUGCUCCUACCAAAACAACCCCAGUUCCCCCAAGAACACUUUUGCAUGUUAGAAGUGAACCCUCUAUGAUUCCUAAGCAUAAAACAAGUGUUGAAAUUGUGUCAAAAUCGCUGAUGAAUAAUCGAAGACUAAAAAAUGACUUUAAAGUACAACUGAAGUCCAAACAAUUACCACCAUUCCGAUUUUAAAGCUAUAAAUAACACACCCAAUAGAUACUAGUUUCUCACGACUUCAGUUUUACUUUAAGGAGACUGAGACCCAAUCAAAGUUCUCUCAAAACAAAAGACGUAGAAAAAAGAACUUAUUACCAAAGAGAAAAACUUACGAAGAUAAGAGUUUCACUGUAAUUUGCGAUAACCCAAGUGAUUUUUAUAGGAGGCGUAAUAAUACUACUUUUUGGGUAGACUUCUAAUAUAUAUUUAUAAACAAUCUUUCAAUGCCUGUAAUUGCACUUGUGUUGAAAAGUUUAUUGAGUUAUGAAAUACAAGAAUUUUAAUUUAUUUUAUGAAAUGAUUGAUAAA